UCUGGGAUCUGACCUUGGAAAUCAGAAUGAUUUAGACACUUGAAAAUAUCAAAGAAUGACGUGGGUAAUGUGACAUAAUAAAGUAAAGGUGAACAAAAAGUGUGCGUUUAUUUAAUUUAAUUAAGAGUUUAUCACAUGUGAUGAGUAGCGUACAUGAAAAUUCGUGGUCUUGGGUAGAAUAUUUGGUGGAAACGAUCAAUAAGCUUACCGAUGACUUAGUGGGCUCAACAACGUUUGAGUUAAUAUUUCACCCGAUCAACAGCAUAAUCAGCAAUGAACUUCAACAAAAAUUUUCCGAUUUUUUUCACGAAUUUAUUGAUUUGGUAGCAUUUGACGAUUUUCAGUUGCAAUUGUUGAAAGUCUUCUUGUUUACAUUUGUUAGUACCGUGGCCCUUAUUUUCAUCGUUUGGUAUAUUUACGGUCCAAGAAUUUCCGAACAAUUUAUGGAACCAAGUUUAUAAAAUUAAAUGUUCAAAAAGAAGUUAAAGGAGUUUUAUUGUUUUCUCCUCCAUUAAUAAAAAUCAAUAUAAUUGCAAAAAAAACUGGGGUUAUGAAAGACAAUGGUAUGCCAUUGCAAGA